ACUAGCUCUCGACAUCUCAAAGAAAGAAAAGAAAAGAAUGGCCAGUACAACCAACUCAGUAGUGUCUCAUGACCACCACGAACUUCCUCCUCUUUGCGAGAAAAUCCCCAUAAAAAACAAUCCAAACAAAGCCAUCAAUCUCACAACCUUACUCCUCCUCUUCUCCAUCCUCCUCUAUCGUCUUCUUCACCUCUCUGAACAUGGCUACCCCUGGCUCCUCGCCUUCUUAUGCGAGUCUUGGUUCACCUUCGACUUCUUCCUCAUUCUCAACACCAAGUGGACCCCAGUGGAUUUCAAAACUCACCCACAAACCCUCUUACAAAGGAUGGGGACAGAGCUACCAGCGGUGGAUGCGUUUGUGACGACGGCGGAUGUGGCUAUGGAGCCACCCAUAAUGACAGCCAACACCGUUCUGUCAUUGUUGGCGGUUGACUAUCCAGCUCACAAGCUGGCGUGCUACGUGUCAGACGAUGGUUGCUCCCCUCUCACCCUCUUUUCUCUCAUCCACGCCUUCGAAUUUGCCCGCAUUUGGGUUCCUUUCUGUAAAAAAUACGGUAUUCAAGUCCGGGCGCCUUUUAGAUAUUUCUCUAUUGACAUUGACGAUUCUGUUUCGCCACCUGAUAGUGAUGAUAGUCGUGAACGUGAUUCUGGUGGUAAUUUCGACCAGUUUCAACUUGAAUGGAAAAACAUGAAGGAGGAGUACGAAAAACUUAAACAAAAGAUAGAAAAAGCUGUGAACGGAGCUGUCCCUUUUGAGUGUUCUGGAGAGUAUGCCGAUUUCGCAUAUGCAGACAAAAAUGACCAUUCCAGUAUAAUCAAGGUCAUUUGGGAGAACAAAGAAAAUCACCCAGAUAGCUUGCCACAUCUAGUUUAUGUAAGUAGAGAGAAGCGCCCCACUACUCCACAUCACUACAAAGCUGGUGCUAUGAAUGUUUUGACUAGAGUGUCUGGAGUGAUGACUAAUGCUCCAUUCAUGCUGAAUGUGGAUUGUGACAUGUUUGUAAACAAUCCAAACAUAAUCCUUCACGCCAUGUGUUCUUUCCUUGGUCUCAACCCCCAAGACUGUGCCUUUGUUCAAUUCCCACAAGUCUUCUACAAUGAAUUGAAAGAUGAUCCUUUUGGGAACCAAAUGGUUGUUGGUUUUGAGAUUGUUGGGCGUGGGAUGGCAGGUAUCCAAGGACCCCUUUACGCAGGAACUGGAUGCUUUCAUAGACGUAAAGUUAUCUAUAAUUUCUGCUUGGAUAACGCAGAUAAUAAAGAAGUUAAUGAAGAUGAGACUUUUGGAAACUCCAAGGAGCUCAUGGAAUCAGUGGCUAAGACCUUUACAGAACCAGUGGAUGGGAAGAAUAUCGAUACAAUUAUUACCUCUCAAGAUCUCUCAACUAUGGUUCAAGCAGCCCACCAAGUCGCUCGUUGUGACUAUGAGGAUGGUACCACUUGGGGUUCAAAGGUGGGUUGGAAAUAUGGCUCGAUGACAGAAGAUCUCUUAACAGGUAUGCAAAUUCAUGCCAUGGGGCUGAAGUCGGUUUCAUGUAUGCCAAACCCACCGGGCUUUUUGGGGAUUGUACCCACAAGUGGGCCUAUAUCAAUGAGCCAAGUAAAGAGGUGGAUAACUGGCCUGCUCCAAAUUUUGUUUAGCAAGAAUAGUCCCAUCUUCGCAACCUUGCAUGCUAAGCUUCAAUUCAGACAGUGCUUGACUUACAUAUGGAUCCUCAUCUGGGGCCUACGCUCCAUUCCUACACUAUGCUACGCUAUUCUGCCCGCCUACUGUAUCAUUACCAACUCAUCUUAUUUACCUAAGGCUCAUGAACCAGCAAUGGUACUUUUCUUAGCUCAAUUUGUCAUAGAAAACAUCGAAAACUUAAGCUAUUUUCGCCGAUGUGGCCAAUCAUUUCGUGCAUGGUGGAACAAUUUGAGAAUGACAAAAAUAAACGCAGCCACUUCAAUGUUAUUCGGAGUAGUGGGGUUCCCACUUAAGCUUUUGGGAGUUUCAGAGAUCGUUUUUGAAGUAACACAAAAAGAAUCUGAUGAGUCUAGCACUAGUUCUACCAAAGGCACUGAAAAUUUUAAAGGAAAUGAUGCUGCGAACGCCGGUAGGUUUACGUUCGACGAGUCGCCGAUGUUCGUUCCUCCCACAACACUGUUGUUUGUGGAAGUAGCUGCCUUGGGGUUGAGCUUGUGGGAGGGUGGACGUGAUGAGGUUGGGCUGGGAGAGUACUUGGCUAGUGUUUGGGUGGUGAUGUGCUUUUGGCCUUUUGUGAGAGGUCUUUUUGGGAAGGGCAAAUAUGGGAUUUCAUUGUCUACUUUGUUGAAAUCUUCUUGUUUUUCAUUUAUUUUUAUUCAACUGUGUAGACAGGCUUCGGUUCACGGCUGGUGAUCAAUACAAUCAAGAGUGAUCAUGCUAAGUAUAAUUAUUGUAUGAAACUUGGGAAGAAUUAAUAUUUAUGAAAGGUGAUAAUUAGGGUGAAAAAUAGCAAAUAUUUUGUCUGUUGCACCUGUAUA